GAGAGUGUGGGCGGGGAGAGGUGCUAACUAGCAGGCGGUUCGCCCAAUGAAGGGCGGAAGCCCCUGGACGCGGUCGGGCGAGUCUACUAGAGGCGGGCGACUGCGGGGACCGAGUAUGUACCAUGGCGGAGCCAGUGAGGAAACGGGGCCGGCGGUCCAGAGGCGGCGGUGUUGGCCGAGGUACUCGGGGGUCCCGGGGCGGCCGGGGCCGGCGACCUCAGUCCCAACGAUCUCCAGCUCGACGCACCCUGGACCCAGAGCUUGUGGACUUGGUCAGCGACAGCGAUGAGGAUGUUUUGGAGGUCGCCACGGCGCGCGGCGCUGCGGACCCGGCCGAGGUCCCACUCCCCGAUACCCCGGUGCCGGCCGCGCCCCGGGACGACAGCGACAGCGACAGCGAAGGGGCGGACGCAGGGCCAGCUGGAGUCCCUCCAAUCCUGAUCAGGCGGCGGCGGCGGCUGUUGCUGGAUCCGGGGGAGGCACCUGCGGUUCCAGUGUACUCCGAGAAGGUGAAAAGCAGCCUCCACCUCAUCCCAGAUCACGUGUCCCUCCUGAAAUUCUGUCCCCCAGAGACUGAGGAAGAGGCGGAGUCUGUGGACAUGGCCGAUGCCAGCAGUCCCCACGCUGAGGAGUCCCCAUGUCCAGCUUCUUCCUGGAAGAGGAAGCUGAGGAGUAUGGAUGGAGAAGAGAAGAAAAAGGUGUUGCUGGUUCAGGACACCUCUCCUGUGACCCCACCUCCGCCACGGACCAAAAGCAGAAAGCAUAGUCGGGCGCUCCAGAAGUUAAGGGAGGUGAACAAGCGCCUCCAGGAUCUCCGUUCCUGCCUGAGUCCCAAGCAGCCUCAGGGCCAGGACCACCUGAGCCAAGAAGAUGAGGUGGUCCUCGUGGAGGGGCCCCCCCUCCCAGAGAACCCUCGACUCUUGCCACUCAAGAUCCGGUGCCGGGCCGACUUGGUCAGAUUGCCCGUCAGAAUGUCGGAGCCCCUUCAGAGCGUGGUGGACCACAUGGCCACCCGUCUCGGGGUGUCCCCAAGCAGGAUCCUCUUGCUCUUCGGAGAGACAGAGCUGUCCCCUACCGCCACCCCCAGGACCCUAAAGCUUGGAGUGGCUGACAUCAUUGACUGUGUGGUGCUCGCAAGUUCUCCGGAGGCUGCAGGGACGUCCCAACUGAUCCAGCUGCGGGUGCAGGGGAAGGAGAAGCACCAGAUGCUGGAAGUCUCGCUGCCUCGCGAUUCUCCUCUCAAGACCCUCAUGUCCCGCUACGAGGAGGCCAUGGGACUCUCAGGCUGCAAGCUCACCUUCUUCUUUGACGGGACAAAGCUCUCAGGCAAGGAGCUGCCGGCUGAUCUGGGCAUGGAAUCUGGGGACCUCAUCGAGGUCUGGGGCUGAAACCCCACUCCCUGUUCGGAGGCCUGGCCUGGACUUGGGGGAGAACAGCUGCCCCUUUUGGGCCCCCUAAGGGCUCGCUGAAGCUGAUGUGGGACUUUUCAACCUGAAGCAAAGUUAAGGAGUGAUCUUUGACCCCCACACCCUGCUUUCCUGUCGACCCCAGUUUCAAGCCUUUAGUUCCCUGGUUAGUUGUGCGGUUGUCCUUGCUGCCUUGGGUGGACUGUGGUUCCAUCCACAGGGUGUGCUGACUUUUGCAGCCACCCGCUAGGACAUGGAGAAGGCACCCUCCCCCUCCCCCCCAUUACCCUUUCCUUCUUUGAAAUGUUUAUUUUAUGAAGCUGCUCGUGUUUACAGGGUGGGUUGAAAUCAGGAAGGACUGGGUAUGGGAUUCCAGGCCCGGGAUCUAGGCCCCAUCUAGGAGCAGCGGUGGCCCCCGUGUCCUUUGGGGAUGAAGUGUGCUCGAGGCACAGACAGGGCUGUGGCUUCCCGGCCAGCAGGACACUAAAUGAUCAGCCCACACGUGCAUUAGCUUGAGUGGAGGCAGACGAUUGCUCUUCUUUUGAAGAAUACAAGGUAGAUUCUCAGCCUUGCAUGUCUUCCUCGUCCCAGGUCCCUUUCGAGCCACCUUCCUGAUGCACAGACUGUGGAAGGCAUAAUUGAACACCCUGAGCCCUUUGGUUUCGGAUCUCAGGAUUACAGUCCACACCAGGCUUCUCUGGUCUUAAGGCUUUUCUUCUUCCUUCACGCCAUCCUCUCCUGUUAAGCAGCCUUUCUAAGGUGUCAAUUACAUGUCUUUGAAUAUGAAUGUAUCCUUGAAAAAUGCUGUAUGUGUGAAUAUACCUUUUCUGUAUGUCAUAUUAUUAUUAUUCUUACUUUUUUGUCUUUUUGUCUGUUCAGGGCCGCACCCAUGGCGUAUGGAGGUUCCCGGGCUAGGGGUUGAAUUGGAGCUGUAGCUGCCAGCCUACACCACAGCCACAGCAAUGUGGGAUCUGAGCUGAGUCUGCAACCUACACCACAGCUCACGGCAACGCCGGAUCCUUAACCCAGUGAAUGAGGCCAGGGAUCGAACCUGCGUCCUCAUGGAUGCUAGUCGGGUUUGUUAACUACUGAGCCUUGACGGGAACUCCUAUGUGUCCUAUGAUGCUGUAGAUCUUGCACUGUUCCUUUGUUUAUUCAACAUGAAUUGCUUAUGCUCCAUCAGCUUCAUUUCUUGGAACUGCUCUGAGGUUUUAUUUUUUCGGCUGUGCCCACGACAUGUAGACGUUCCCAGGCCUGGGAUCGAACCUGUGCCACCAUAGUGACAAUGCUGGAUCCUUAAUUACUAGGCCACCAAGGAGCUCCCACAGUGCACAUCUUUUUAUGUGUCCCUUUUCGGGCUAUGGAUCGUUCUCCAGCAGAGGUACCCAAGAUGGGAUUAUGGGUCAGACAGGUUAAUUCCUCUCUUUUUUUUUUUUUUAAGAAUGGUCAUUGAGGAGUUCCCACUGUGGCACAAUGGGAUUGGUGGCGUCUCCGCAGGGCCAGGAUGCAGGUUCGAUCCCUGGCCUGGCACAGUGGGUUAAAGGAUCUGGUGUUGCCGCAGCUGUGGAGCAAGUCAGAACUGCAGUGGGCAUCUGAUCCCUGGCCUGGGAACUCCAUAUGCUGUGGUGUGGCCAAAAAAAAAAAAAGAAAGAAAAGAAAGGUCAUUGACUCUCCCACUUAAAAGCUUCCUUUUAAAAGCUUAAAAGCUUAGCCUGACCAGCACUUGUCACCGCCCAGCUUUCUAACUUUUGCGUUUAUUGGGUAUAAAGUGGUGCCGUGUUUUAAUGUACAUUCAUCUGCUCACCAGUCCUUUGGGGAAUUUCUUCAUACACCUGUCAGCCUUUCUGGUUUCUCUUGGGGUGAACUGCUCAUGUAUCUUUGCUCAUUUUCUCCUGGGGGCUUCUUACCUUUUUUGUGAUUGUUCAUUUGUUUAUUCUCAAGGAUUGCUUGUAUAUUCCUGGGAAGUUGCAAAUAACUCUCUGAAUGGCAUUUGUAUAUCCACGAGGGUCCCUCACUGACUAGAAAUUCUUAAUUUUAAUGUAGAUGAAUUAACUAUUUUGUUCAUAUCA